GCAUCAGUCAUAUGAGUUAGUUGGAGUUGUGAAUUGUACGGAAUUAAAAAUCCAUUAUGUCCCGCAUAAUGAUAAUAUUAUUUGCCUUCGGAUUAGCGAUAUUUGUUGCUGCAGACGUGUUUAUAAUUCCUGAUUGUUUUGGUGAAAAUGAAGAAUACAGAUGUGGAUCGCUCUGUCAAAAAACUUGUCAAACCUUGGAUAAACCUUGCCCUAUACAAGCCCGUGCAUGUGGUUGUUACUGCAAAGAGGAUUACGUGCGAGCCAGAAAUCCUUGGGAUGCAUGUAUCGAAAUAGAGAACUGUAACAGAGGCAAAUCCAGUAGAUAAAUAAAUUACGUAACUUUGAUUGUUUAUUUCUAUUUUUGUU